CACAACUCGAGCUCAUCGUCGCCUCCAGCAUACACACACCCUCACACACCCUCUCCAACCCUCACCGUCGUACCAUGUUGCUCUCCUCCGCCCGCUCCUCCGUCGUCGCCGCCGGUCUCGGUCGACGCGCCGCCUCGGGCAUCGCGCUCAAGUACGCCAACGCAGCCUACGCUGCCGCACUCGCCAAAUCUCCUGCAACGCUCACCAAAGUCCAAACCGAACUGAACGCGAUCUCGAAGAGCAUCACCGAGGUUCCCGACCUCAAGUUCUUCGUCUCCAACCCCACGCUCAGCCAGAACGAGCGCACGCAGGGCUUGCCUGCACUUUUCGCCAAGGCUGAGGGGACCGGGGCGAAGAAGGAGGCGGUGAGCGAGGUGACGAAGAAUUUGUUUGCGCUGUUGUCGGAGAAUGGGAGGUUGACGGAGGCGGAGGGCGUUAUUGAGGGGUUCAAUGAGUUGGUGGCGAAGUAUAAGGGGGAGUUGAAUGUUACGGUUACGUCGGCGACGCCGUUGCCGAGGGAUGUGUUGACGAAGCUUGAGUCGACGUUGAAGCAGUCGAAGACGGCGCAGGAGGCGAAGACUUUGAAGGUUACGAACAAGGUCAACCCAUCUGUUCUCGGUGGACUGGUCGUCGACUUUGGCGAGAAGACCGUCGAUCUGAGCGUCUCGUCGCGCAUCAGCAAGCUCAACAACCUUCUCCAACAAUCCGUUUGAGUCUAGACAUAGGAUAGGGGGAGCUUCGGUCGG